AUGGAGAGCAGGAUAUUUGUUGGGAACAUACACAACGAUUUUGAGAGUUGUUUGGGUGAGCUGCUCGUUAGGUUUUCCCGUUUCGGCGAGGUGCGUGGUGCAGGGUUCGAGAAACAUGCGACGUUUGCCUUCUUGAACAUGUCGUUUGAAAGCGUGGAGAAGCUGCACAAACUGCGGUCGAGCUUCAAUAACGUCAAGUUCAAGGGGAACCUGUUGAAAGUUGACGUCGCGAAGCCGGACUGGCAGGAAGCCUGGAAACUUCGCCAGCCCAUUGAGCAAGAGGAAAACGAGCUUUUGGAGAAGAGGGCUCUUGAACACUCGUGGAGGUACUAUAAAAAACUUGAGAACAUCAACAUGACCUGGGAUGAACGGAAGAAUACCAUCUCGGGCAGAAUGAGGCAGACCCCAAGGCAGAGGGCCCAGUUGCGGAAUGUGACGUUUAGGGUGAACGUCAACGGCUCUCUUAAAGUGUACAAGUGCUACAAGACGAAACUGUGGGGGUACGAAAGGAACAGAGAACUCAGAGACCUUGUUGCCAAUUUCAGCGGCGGGAAGUGGUGGAACGGGUACAACCACAUCGUAGAUAGGCUAAAUUAUACCAGGAGCAAACGCUCUGUUCGGUUCAUGGAUGCAAACAGUAACACAUUGACUGUAUCGCAAACGGAUGCCACUGAGAACACCCCGAAAGAUGAGGGAGACGAUAUCAACGAACUGCUGACAGAGCAAGAAAAGGAGAAAAACAACGGCGUCUUGAAUGAACUGUUACAAGGGUUCGAUCUCGAUAAACCAAUGGCCGUAAUCGACUCCGAUGAGGCAGAAGUAUUUGGUAUAUCUGACCACGAGGACGAAAACUAUGCGGAAGAGGAACCUAGCGAAAACGCAGGAGAAGAUGUAACGGUAGAUGAGAGACCCGCAGAACAAAUGGACGAAGAGGAGCAGGACGAUUUCGUUCCAACUUUUGGUCAAACUGAGAGGACAAAUGUGAACAACACAGAGACGUUGAGAUCUCUGUUCAAUCCAGAGCGCCAACAACCGGCCUCUGGUUUCAAACUGUUGGUAGACAAUGACGAUAUCGACGAAACAAAGGACAUUGCGGAAACUGUAGAAUCUGAAGCCGAAGUGGAUAAUAUCCAAGACGAACCUGAACCAAAGAGACAAAAGAACGAAAACCGUUUGUUCUUUCCGCAUUUUGAUUCGCCGUUCUUGGUUGGUCAGACACAAUUGAGUCACAUAUGCGGCCAGGGCACCACAGAAGAUGUACUGUCUUCGUGGGACGAACAAUUUUGGGAGAACAGAGGUGGUUGGAUGAGGGAGAUGAAGAGCAAACGGAGAGACGCCCAAAGACAGGCAAGGAAAAGGAAAUCAAAGGACGGGAACUUCAUACUCAUUUGA